AUGGCGUACCAACGAUACUCGUCUAAUUUCCAGCCUUGUGAUUCUUACUUUGUGGAGACCUACGAUGGUGAUUAUCAGCCAAGCCGCCUGUGUCUGAAAGAACACGCAAAGCUUAUCGCUCGUGAGCGCCAAUAUGCCAUGGGAGAUGAGAUGUCGAAUGCCGUGCGAGAGGAAUAUCAGGAGGAUAUCGUCGCUCACAUGCAUAUGAUUGAUUCGGCAACGUUACCAGAUGUCGACUCCAUCGAUAUCCAAACUGAGAUUCAAUGGUUCAUGCGGCCCUACUUGCUCGAUUUUCUUAUUGAGGCACACGCCGCUUUCCAGCUGCUUCCCACGACACUGUUUCUGGCGGUCAACUUAUUGGAUCGGUAUUGCUCGAAGCGUGUGGUGUAUAAAAGACAUUAUCAGCUGGUUGGAUGUGCAGCUUUGCUCAUUGCGGCUAAAUACGGCGAUAAGAAGGAGCGUGUUCCAACGAUCAAAGACCUAAAGUCCAUGUGCUGCGCUCUCUAUGAUGACGACAUGUUUGUCCAAAUGGAGUGGCACGUGCUUCAAACUCUUAGCUGGUCAAUUGGCCACCCAACCGUGGAUAGCUUCUUGCAAAUCGCAGUCAUCGAUACGCCAUAUGAUCCAGAAGUUGAGCAUCUGUCCCUUUACAUCUUGGAGAUCGCUCUCUUCCACAGGGAGUUUGUGUCUAAACUUUCUGCUGAUCUCGCACGGGCUGCGUUGGCACUUUCAAGGUGUAUCCUGAAUCGUUCGCAAGCUUCGCACAAUGAUUGGGCGUCGAGCUACGAUCCUUUGACAUUGGUAAACUUGUCACAGCAUUUAUUUCAACCGUCGCAUGUCCUCUCCCGAAAAUAUUCAUCUGCACAGUACUCCAGAGUUUCAAAGAUUCUUGAACAGUUUCUGGCUCGUCAAACGUCGAUUAACAAGACCUACAACCCGCCUACACCACCCACAGACCGUACAGAAAGCUCAAAGCCUUAUGACGGCGAAAUCGGCCUUGUUACCCCCCAGAAAACACAUUGCCCACGCGCUAUGACCAAUGGUUACAUCACUCCACCAAUUACCCCCGAAAAUGAUGCAUUUGGCGCUGCGAGCAACGCGAACCCUUCGAAGGAUCCAGCCAGUCUCCUGUACGUCUGCCCGACGUCGCCCACCCCUCAGCAACCCAUGCAAUACGGACAAGCACAUUACAAGUACCAAGAAUCCGACCCAUACAGCGACAUCAACGGUUCUCUCAGCCGCCACCAGUGGCUUACAACUCGAUGUUCUGAGAAGUUAUUCGAUGAAGAAUCACCCAAGAGCCACUGA